CCUUUCUGGCUGUCCGCUCGCCCCAAGGUGCUUGCGGAGCUCGGCGCUGGCCGCGCGGUGGGAGGGAGGGGGCAGCGCGGCGGGACUUUCCCCUCGGCGCCGGGCACGAUGAUGGUGGGCAAGACCAGCGCCAUCGCGGCGGGCCUUUGCGGGGCCCUUUUCAUUGGCUACUGCAUCUACUUCGACCGCAAAAGACGGAGCGACCCGAAUUUCAAGAACCGACUGCGGGAGCGAAGGAAGAAACAGAAACUUGCCAAAGAGAGAGCAGGGCUUUCCAAGUUGCCUGAUCUGAAAGAUGCUGAAGCAGUUCAGAAAUUUUUCCUUGAGGAGAUUCAGCUUGGCGAGGAACUACUAGCUCAAGGUGAAUAUGAGAAAGGUGUUGAUCACUUGACCAAUGCCAUUGCUGUGUGUGGACAGCCACAGCAGCUACUACAAGUUCUACAGCAGACACUUCCACCACCAGUGUUUCAAAUGCUUCUUACUAAGCUCCCUACAAUAAGCCAGAGAAUUGUAAGUGCACAGUGCUUGGCUGAAGAUGAUGUUGAAUGAGGUCACACCACAGCGGGGGGAAAAAAUGUUUUCUUACCCCAGAAGAUGAGCAUCAGUAGGGGGAUAAAGGGGCAAACAUGUUAGUUAAUGGACUGUGUACCACAUCGGGUUCUACCAGAGUUAAAAUUAACUUUGUGUAGGUGGGUUUCACAGGAUUUUAUUUAUUAUCCCAGUGAAAAGUGUAUUUUGAUAAGGAUUCAUUUUAUAAACACGCUGUGUUGAGUUAUCAAAGUAUCACUAACUUCAUUAUUAUUAAAAUAUGCAGUUGUAAUGUUGUACAUAUAAAGACAUUAAACUACAACUUACUAAAAUCCCAAUGCUCAUUUUUUGAGAAAACAAACAAACAAA